CUUCAUGAAGAGCCGCUGCUCCUCAGAUCAGCUUCAGCAACAUCAGGAUGACAAUCACUGCUCAACAUGACACAGAUGCGCAGACAUGGACGAGACUGAUGCAGACGAGCUCUGUCUGAUGGACAAACACAGUUUCGGAUGAUCGACAGCCCCGUGAUCCAACAAGCAGGAUGAUCGCUACCGGCGGGCUGCUGAGGAUUUCGCGGCGCCAAGAUUCGCUGCGAACCAAAAACCGUGCGGAGAACAAGAAAAAGCGGAAAGCCAAGAAGAAGCGCAAGAACGACGUGGUGGUGGUGAAAGGAAAAGUGAAGCUGUGCUCCGUCUCCGGGUUAGUGGCGGCGCUGGGAAUUAUGAUCCUGCUGGUGGGCGUCGCCAUGGCCGUGCUGGGAUACUGGCCUAGAGAAAACACCGAGAGGUUCAUCGGACCGACACGGCCAAUUAAAAAGCAGAACCUCACAAGCAAUAACGAGUUAGCGGCGUCGAGCGGAAACGCCUCGCGUUCAUCCGGCUUCUUCGAAAGUCUGUUCUCUAGUUAUUUAUACUCAGACAACCUUAAAGUGUUCGGACCUUUAGUGAUGGGCGUCGGGAUUUUCCUGUUCAUCUGCGCCAACGCGGUGCUCCACGAGGAUCGCGAUAAGAAAACCAAAAUAAUCAAUCUGCGGGACAUUUACUCCACCGUCAUCGACAUUCACAGCUUGCGCGCCAAAGACUGCGUCCCGUUCAACGGCCUCAUCAGCUACAUGCAGUCGAAGAGCGACAAACCCCCCGCCGCCGCGGGAAACCACCGCCGCCCGUCCUGCGCCAGAAAAUACAGCUUGUUCGCCAAGCGCCAGUCGUUCGCCGACACCAUUUACAGCAUAUAUCAAGGCGGCGAGGAGGCGCGCGAGUGGGAGACGCGCUCCAUCGUCACGUCGUCGGUCAACGCGUUCACGCUCCCCGUCAUCAAACUCAACAACUGCGACGUGCAGGAGAACGAGCCGUCGAGGCGUAGGAGCUGCGUCGCGGCGGUGGAAACCAAAGCGGAAGUGUCAAGGACGCGGAUGUCGCUUUCACAGGAUUCGAAGCUCGACGCGACGCAGCUGCAGCCGCCCGGUUCGGGCGCGAGGGUCGCGGGGUCGCACCUGUCUCUGAACGCGCUGACGGAUCUGGGCGCCAGGUGUUUGGACGAGAGGUCGCGGAGGUUCAGCUGUCCCAGAUUGGAGCGAUCGGGCAGUAAGGGCUACAUUAAACUGGCCGAUCUGGGCGGAGAUUCGUUCGAGACGCCCGACGCGGGAUGUGAGGAUGAAAAAUCAGACGUGCGUUUGCAUAAACACACCGCGUCAUUGUCAGAUUUGUAAACGAUGACUGACUGUGAUGCGCUCGUGAUGUUUUUAACCCUGUAAAGCCUAAAGGUUUUGUAUCAUCAAGCUUUUAUGGCUCCGAUAUGUGACCCUGGACCACAAAACCAGUCGUAAGAGUCCAUUUUUUGAAAUUAAGAUACAUCGUUAAUUAGGACAGGACAAUAUUUGGUCGAGAUGCAACAAUUUGAAAAUCUGCUGAGGGUGCAAAUCAAAAUACUGAGAAAAAGUUGUCCAUGUGAAGUUCUUAGCAAUGCAUAUUACUAAUCAAAAAUGAAGUUUUGAUAUGUUUAUGGUAGGAAAUUUAAGCAAUAUUUUCAUGGAACAUGCAGAUGCGAGAUGAGAUUUUGGGCUUUUUGGUUUUUCAUAAAAAGUGUUUUUCUUUUUUUAGACUAGUGGAAAGAAAACAUCCACAAAUCACUGUUAAGUGUUUAUUUAUAGCGUUUUAUCUGUUGGUGUCAAUAGGUUUCAGUUACAAUCCGUAUUUUUAAAUGCAGUUUUCUCAAAAUGAGUUUUUUCUCCUACACUGAGCCAUAAAUCAACACUUCAGCAGCACUUACACACACCACACCAAACAUUGUUAUUCCUGUUCAUAUCCUGAAAGUUUUUACAGAGGGGUUUGUUCAUAUAUAAUUUAUAAUGCUUGAAUAUAUACAACAUUUUAAAUCGUGAAAAUAUAUUGUUUUCUCAGUUUUUUCUGAAUUAUAGAGUGACACAAAUGAGAUUCCCUCUGAAAAAAACACUUGACUCAAACUAAACAAGAAUUAUGAAACUGACUUCAUCCAGUGUUUAGAUUUUUGUACUAGAAAUGUAUGCAAAUUAGCACAUAAAUCCUUAAACAGUGCUUCAUUUGCAUAUGUAAACAACAUUUUAGAAAACUUGUAAUACAAAAUAUGUUUGCAAUUAUCGGUUUAAUCAAUCAACUGGGUAAGUAAGGUGAUAAUUAUUAGU